AUGAAACGGCAGAGAACAGAAGGGCAGCUGGAUACACAGUGCGUGCAAGAUAGUGCUUCCUCUGCUCUGGAGAAAGAAUAUAGGAGUCAAAUCGAGUCAUAUAAAACAGCGGAAAGGCAAGCAAAAGAGAAGAUGCGAGAGAUGGAGUUAUCCUUUCUGCAAUUGCGUCAAGGAUUAGAGGCUGCGUUAGAAGAAGAAAAAUCAAAAACUGCGGAACUGAAAAUUCAACUUCUGACAUUGCAAAGAGAGUUAGAACGGGAACGAAAACGAAAUAGUGAGUCAAUGGAAAUGGCAGAACCGAGCGAAGGGAAUCAAAGUGACAAACUCGUUCAAAUUAGUAGUGAACCGAGCACUUGGAACGAAGCAAAUGAUAGCGAGUUGCGGUUGCUGCGAGAACAUAAACUUCAGUAUGAAGCGUACAUCGCACAGGGUGGAUUUGACUUUAUCAACACCAAAGUUUUGCAUGCCGUGGAGAAUCCCUACGCCACCUGUUUGAAAAAGAAGAGUGUUGCAGAGCAUCACACUCCUCCACCCACACUCUCCUCCAACUCUACCCAACCUUCUUCGCCAGACUCCUUGGUCGAGGAGAUCGAAACGCUCAAGAAACGAAUUCGACGAAUGAACGAGCUGUUUACAGCGCAGACAAAUCGAUUUCGCGAUGCUGUGUACCAACUGACCGGGUGGCAUGUGGAAAUGAGCACCCAUGAAAACAAACUGAGGAUCCGAUCGCGCUAUUCUCGGUCGGACGACGAAUAUCUAGAGCUUUUGUGGACGGACACCAACAAAUUUGAACUUUUGGAAACGCCUCUAGUGAAUCGUUUAGAUCCUCGUCUUUUUACCUAUAUUUCUGUGAGCAAUUCCUUCCCUGGGUUUUUGAGCGCUGUCACACAAGACCUCUUUGAGAAGCAAGAGGUUCGCUCUAUGUAA